CAUUAGAGAGGACCGCAGGGAGGACCACCGGAGAGGACCGCCGAACAGGGCCACGGAGAGAACCACCGGAGAGGACCGCAGAGAGGACCGCCGAAGAGGGCUGCCGGAGAGGACCACGCAGAGGGGCCCGCCACUUCCGUCCGUGGUUCGGCGGAGGAAGUUGGAGCUCGCUGGAUCUAGUCGAAGAUGAAGGCCCGCUUGUUAGAUGAGGCUCGCCGGAGCAGGGGGAGCUUGAUGGACGAACUAGAGCAAUUGCGGCCGCUGCCAUCCGCGACUCGCCGGAAGAGUGGGAGCUCGUCGGAGGGCCGCCGCUGCUGUCUGUGGCUCGCCGGAGGGAGUGGGAGCUUGCUUCUUCCGGGCCAAGGUUCGCCGGAUUGGACAAUUGCUAGUAGUAUGGCUCGUUGGACCUGGUUGUGGACCGACGGAGAGAGUGGCUCGCUGGAGAGGACCCGGAGUGGCUCGCUAGAGUGCUGGAUCGGCUCGCCUCAAGGAAGAGAGGCUCACAAGAGGCUUGUCUAUGCCAUCUGUGGCUCCCCUGAGGAAGGAGGAGUUCUUCGGAGACCCGCAGCUGCCGUCCGUGGCUCGCCAGAAUAAGUGGGGAGCUCGUCGGAGGGCCGCCGCCGUUGUCCGUGGCUCACCGGAAGAAGUGGGAGCUCGUCGGAGGGCUGUCGCUGCUGUCUGUGGCUCGCCGGAGGAAGUGGUAGCUUGUCGGAGGGCUGCCGCCGCUGUCCGUGGCUCGCCGGAAGACGUGGGAGCUCGUCGGAUGGCUGUCGCCGCUGUCCGUGGCUCGCCGGAAGAAGUGGGAGCUCGUCGGAGGGCUGUCGCCGCUGUCCGUGGCUCGCCUGAAUAAGUGGGAGCUCGCCGGAGGCCCGCCGUUGCUGUUCGUCGAGAAGGUGGCUCUACCGAGGGCUGGUGGCUGCUCUCCAUGGUCGCCCAAGGUAAGGCGGUGCUCCUUGCUUCUCGCCGGAAGUGAGCCGCACUGGAAGGCACGCUGAAAAGGACCCACCGUUGUCCAAUGUCUCAAAAUGGCUUCUCCAGAUCUGGGCGGUCAAUCAACAUGAUGCAGAAGAAUCAGUUUUAGAAGAAGAGGAAGAGCGUGGCGUUGCUCAUAUAGUAGAACAUCUUGCUUUUAACGCCACUGGGGAAUAUACAAACCAUGAUAUCGUUCGGUUUCUUGAAAGUAUCGGGGCUGAGUUUGGUGCUUGCCAGAAUGCAUACACAUCUUUUGACGAAACUGUGUAUGAGCUAUUUGUUCCAAUAGACAAACCGGAAUUAUUAUCCCAAGCAAUUUCCAUAUUGGGAGAGUUCAGCUCAGAGGUCCGAGCAUCCGAAGAUGACUUGGAAAAGGAAAGAGGGGCUGUAAUGGAAGAGUAUAGAGAAGAUAGGAAUGCCGAUGGACGCAUAGAGGAUGCACACUGGCAUCUGAUGAUGGAAGGUUCAAAGUAUGCUGACAGGCUGCCCAUUGGAGUAGAAAAGGUGAUCAAGACGGUUUCUCCUCAGAUUGUGAAACAUUUAUAUGAAAAGUGGUAUCAACUGCAGAAUAUGUCUGUUAUAGCUGUUGGAGAUUUUCCUGACACACAGAGUGUUGUUGAUUUGAUAAAGACUCACUUUGGAUAUAAAGCUUCUCCGCCUGACCUGCCUCCUAUACCAUACUAUCCUGUUCCAUUACAUGAAGAAACAAGGUUUUCAUGUUUUGUGGAACCUGAGGCAGAUGGGUCUGCUGUGAUGAUCAGCUGCAAAAUGCCUGCGGAUGAGUUAAAAACUGUGAAAGACUAUCGUGAUUUGCUUGCAGAGUCCAUGUUUUUUCGUGCCUUGAAUCAGAGAUUUUUCAAGAUAUCUUGCAAGAAGGAUCCACCUUAUUUUUCUUGCUAUGGUGAAGUACAUUGUCUUGUCCGUCCAGUGAAUGCAUACAUUUUGACUUCGUCUUGCAAAGAGAAGGGAACUCUUGAGGCUUUAGAAUCAAUGCUGACUGAGGUUGCAAGGGUACGACUGCAUGGGUUCUCUGAACGUGAAAUAUCUGGUGUACGUGCUUCGCUGAUGUCAGAGAUGGAAUCUGCCUACUUAGAGAGAGAACAGAUGGAGUCAACAAGCUUAAGCGAUUAUUAUUUGCAGCAUUUUCUCCGUAAUGAAUCUGUUAUUGACAUUGAGUAUGAGGCACAACUCCAUAAAACUCUUCUACCUCAUAUAUCAGCAUCUGAUGUAUCUAAAUUCUCAGAGAGGUUUAGCACAUCGUCUAGCUGUUUCAUUAAAACAAUAGAGCCCCAAGCAACUGCCACACUGGAUGAUCUGAAAGCUCUUGUUUUGAAGAUCAAUACACUUGAACAAGGGAAAAGUCUUCCUCCUUGGGAUGACGAAAACAUUCCAAAAGAAGUUGUUUCUGUAAAACCAAAUGCAGGGUGGACAGUGCAGCAGAUUGAACAUCAGAAUAUUGGGGCAUUUGAGUUAGUUUUAUCAAAUGGCAUGCGAGUGUGUUAUAAAUGCACUGACUUUCUUGAUGAUCAGGUUUUAUUCUCAGGGUUUUCAUAUGGAGGUUUAUCUGAACUUCCAGAAAGUGAAUACUUUUCAUGUAAAAUGAGCUCAACCAUUGCUGGUGAAGUUGGUGCUUUUGGUUAUCGGCCUUCAAUUCUUACGGAAAUGCUUGCUGGAAAACGAGCUCAAGUCAGCACAGAACUUGGAACGUAUACGAGAACAGUUUAUGGCGAUUGUUCACCUUCAGAUUUAAAAACUGCAUUGCAGCUGGUCUAUCAACUCUUCACGACAAAAGUAGAACUGGGGCAAGAGGAUGUCAAGAUAGUGAUGCAAAUGAAAGAAGAAAAUAUACGUGCUCAGGAGAGAGAUCCCUACACUGCCUUUGCAGACCGUGUCCGGGAGCUCAAUUAUGGGAACCAUUAUUUCUUCAGGCCAAUUACAAUUGAAGAUCUUCAAAAAGUAAAUCUGUAUAAAGCAUGUGAAUAUUACAGUAAUUGCUUCAAGGAUCCAUCAACAUUUACCAUGGUGAUUGUUGGGAAUAUUGACCCUGCCACUGCUUGUCCAUUAAUAUUACAGUAUCUGGGUGGGAUUCCAAGGCCUCCCGAGCCCGUUUUACAUUUCAAAUUAGGCACUCUUAAAGGUUUGCCAUUCACAUUUCCUUCAACCAGUAUUAGGUGGGUUUCAGCUUAAAUUAACAGUGUUGGCUGGUAUUGUAUUGCAAUGUGUAAAAUAAUCUUGAUUUGGGAUGGAUCGCUGCUUAAAAAAUCUUAAAUGCAUCUUCAUUUCUGUGUGAACCUCGAUUACUAUGUAACAAAUAUUGUUCAUCUUGAUGUCACAGACUUUGCUAACAUGUCUAAUGUGCUUGUAGAGAAGUUGUUCAUAGCCCUAUGGUGGAAGCACAGUGUUCAGUCCAACUAUGCUUUCCUGUUCAGUUAACUAUGGAAAACAGGGU